AUGCGCACAUCCCUCCGCCUGCUGGCCGGCGUCAAGCCGGGCCGGUAUCUCCAGAACGGCGCCCAGACGGGUCUCGCAGGCCUCUACACGCACGACACGCCGCGGUCGACGCUUCUGUUCCUGUACUCGACGACACUCGACAAGCUGAAGGCGGCGCCGGAGCAGUCGGUGUACCGGCAGUCGGUCGAGGCCAUCACCAAGCACCGGAUGGCGAUUGUGCAGUCCGUGAAGCCCGAGGGCUACGACGCGUGGCUGGCACGGGCACAGAAGACGGUGGCGGAGAACCCGGAGCACUUUGGCAGCGUGGCGAAGCUGGGCGUGGACGGCGAGGCGACGUGGCGCGUGGAGAAGAACGGCCGCACCUUUAUCAUCCAGGACGUGCCGGACGCCGUGGACCAGCGGCUCAAGGAGUGGGACGGCGAGCAGAAUGAGGGUGCCGAGCGCGAGGGCGUGCGCACGCUGGAGGAGCGUGCGGACCAGGCGCUGUCGGCGUCGCGGCAAUCGCUCGAGGAGGUCUCGUCGGUGACGUGGGAGCCAGAGCCGCAGCUGACGGCGGAUCAGAUCGAGGAAGUUGAGGCCAAGAUCGGCGCCGGCCUGAUCGAGGAGGUCAUCCACGUCGCUGAAGGCGAGGCCAGACUCGUUGACGUGAUGAUCAAGGCCAAGGUCUGGGAGAGCCUAGAGGAGAAGCCCGCCGAGGGUCAGUGGAAGUACUUUGAGCGCAAGUCAUAG